CACAGGCUGCACAGAUCAUCUCUGAGAAGAGUUAGAAGACCGAUCACCUGCAGAGCUGGAGCGCUCCUAUCCAACCAUCACCCCCAUCAUCUGCACCUCCUCAGGCGUCUAUGACUGAUCUAGAGAUCCCCGUGUGACUUGUCCUGCUGGCUCCUCGAAACCUGUGGCUGCUGCGAUCCCUGGUGCCCACACCUCCUUCAGCAGGUCUCAGUGUGUUGCCAGAAGAUGCGCCCUGCCCUCUGAGACUGGAACCGCGAUGAUUCCCGAGCAGGCAAACCAUGUUGUGUCCACCAUCGAGAACCUACCGGCGGAGAGCAUCUCUGCCAGCCCCGGCCCUCUGCAGAGGAUGAGGAAAGUCUUUAACAGGGAAAUGCUGUUGUCUAUAGCCCUGGGUCAGGUGUUAUCUCUGCUUCUAUGUGGCAUCCGACUCACAAGUAAAUACCUAUCAGAGGAUUUUCAUGCCAACACACCACUCUUUCAGAGUUUUCUUAACUACAUCCUUCUAUUCUUGGUCUAUACAACCACUCUGGCUGUAAGACAAGGGGAAGAAAACUUAUUGGCAAUUUUGAAAAGACGGUGGUGGAAGUAUAUGUUCUUGGGAAUUAUAGACAUAGAAGCGACAUAUUUAGUGGUGAAAGCACAUCAGUAUACCACUUUUAUUAGCAUACAGUUACUUAAUUGUUUUGUGAUCCCUGUGGUCAUAUUACUGUCCUGGUUUUUCUUACUGGUGCGAUAUAAGGUUUUACACUUCAUUGGGGCAGUUGCCUGUAUCUUAGGAAUAGGCUGCAUGGCUGGAGCUGACGUACUUAUGGGAAGACAACAAAAGGAAGAAUUUUUUCCAGGAGAUAGCAAACUAAUUGGGGAUGUCUUGGUUCUUGGUGGUGCUACUCUGUAUGGAAUUUCUAGCGUGUGCCAAGAGUAUAUUGUUCGAAAUCUCAGCCGAAUUGAAUUACUAGGCAUGAUUGGACUUUUUGGAUCUUUCUUCAGUGGAAUACAGCUAGCAAUAAUGGAGCACAAAGAGUUGCUAAAAGUACCCUGGGACUGGCAAGUAGGUUUGUUAUAUGUGGGAUUCACCGCCUGCAUGUUUGGCCUCUAUAGCUUCCUCCCUGUGGUUAUCAAAAAAACAAGCGCCACUGCCAUCAACCUCUCCACACUAACAGCAGAACUCUACACCUUCUUCUGUGGUCUCUUCUUGUUUCAUUACAAGUUUUCAGGACUUUAUCUUCUGUCCUUAUGCACAAUUCUGGUUGGACUGGUGCUGUACUUCUCCACAACAACAUAUGUGGCCCAGGAUCCAAGAGUGUACAAGCAAUUCCGCAACCCAUCAGGACCUGUAGUAGAACUGCCGUCUGGCGCACAGUUGGAGCCUUCAGUAACAUACACAAGCUUAGGCCAAGAGACAGAAGAGGAGCCACGCGUCAGAGUUGCCUAAAUCAAGCAUUUUUUUACCCACUGAGGUCUCUGUGACAUCUGUUUGUCCAUUAUCUCCGUAUUGUGCAUAGAGAAAAGGCAUUUGCCAGAUACAUUUACAUGAAGGGACUUGAAAGCAGGAGCAUGAAAAAAGGUUUUGAAAGGAUGCAAGAAAUGUCCAACACCAACAGGCGCAGGAACACCUGGAGUCAUAGAUAUGACAGCACUAUUUAUUCAUGGGUGUGUAAUCUCUUAGGGGGUAGAAAAUGUUGUGAAAGGUGAUAUUACCUCAAUGUUUACUUUUGCACAUGUCUUCAUGUGAUAUAUUGCCAAGAUUUUUAUUUUAGUACAAUUUACAUCCUGUAGUUUUCACAGAAAGCUCCCUUUCUUACACAAUCAAGUGGUUGCUUAAUUAAAACGACUUGAGUACAUUGACAUUCCUACUGGUGCACUGCCAGCGGCCUUUGCUCUUUAGCCCAGGCAAUCACCCAGAUCGUUGGUAGUAAAAUUAAUUCCCAGCAGAACUUUUAUAAUACAUUAGAGUUUGUAUGUCCUUUUUGUACCUUCCAUUUGCCAGGUAAAUAAUAUUCUAAUUUUUUCAUGCUUUAACUCUAUAUACUACAGCUUUGUCCGGUAGAACCUACUUGUUAUAGAUCUAUAUAACUGUGCUACAACUCCACUAGUGCCAUAGAUAACCACGAGUAACCUACACCAGCACAUCCUAAUAUUCUCAUUAUAUUGUGACACAAGAAUAUCACGCCAGUGGUCACUGCAAUAUAGUUCAAUCUCUCUGUGCCAAACCUUCAAAUACUUGUACUGUAAUCCAAGAACAUGAAUUGAGUAAACACUACAGAUGGUUAUGGGAAUGUUAAAAAGUCGAUAUUUCUUGUACUUUUCUAGUGCUUGGAUCAGUAUACAGUCUAUACUGAUACCGAUUCCAAUUCUCAUUUCAGACAUUUAUGGCAUAUCCACGCUGUUUCUCUAACUCACAUAGAAGUCAUAGGGAGCUAUGCAAACAACAAAGCACUGUAGGCUACACUGCUUCUUCCAUGUGAAAUGCAGAAGCAGUGUAGCUCGCUGUGCUAUGUUGUUUCAGUAACUUACAUCCACUUCUAAGGAUGGUCUCUCUAAGGAGGUCUCAGAACCAGCAUAUCACAGUGAGCUUGGUUGUCUCCAUAACCCCAGCCACAUCUUGCAACCUGGAUGUGGUGGCCAGCGGAUCAUAGACAUUUGUGGCAUAGCUUGUAGAUUUGCCACAUAUGUCUGAUAUAAGACUACACCUUUCAGUAUCCAUUACUAGAUAUACCCUUAAAUAUAUUCCCUACUGUACCCUACCCUGUACCCUACAUGCAAUCAGUAGGUUAGAACGAAAUAGGGCACAUAUAAAAAAAAAAUAUGACUUCAGGAUCAGACUACAGUUUGUUUGUUGUCUGUUACCAUGGAAAUACAUAGGUCUGGAUACAAGCUGUAGAAAUAAAAACUAUAUAAAAUUGCUAAGACCUAUUGCAAAGUUGCUUCAUUUGCUAUUUUAUUAUAUUUAGACAAUAAAAAAUUUAGUUGUCAAGGUGUAUAACUUUUUGAGAUAUUCGUAAAGGUUACUGGAAAAUUGCCAAGGACCCAAGAAUGUUCUUGUCUUAGCAAUACAUCUAAAUAGAAACUGUAGCUAUUGAUUGACAUAAAAAUUCAGGAUAAAAAUUAUAUUAAAAUGGGAAAAUUUAUCAACAGCAGGAAACAUGUACUGACCGCUGAAACCAUGCUCAUCACUUCUCAGCAUAAAGAUAAUAGCCAUGUCACAACGAGGUGUGGGAGGGAACACCAUACCAAACACAAGAAGGGGGGGGGAGGUAUCUGGCCUAGAAGCAAUGGAGAGGAAAAGGUCACUACCUAAUGAAUCCUAACCCUAGCCCUGAC